ACGAAAGCCGCGGUGGCGCGCGCGCGGCUCGCGCCACUUUUGUCCCUCGACACGUGAACGCAACCACGUGGUCUAGUGCGUGACAGGAGAGCUGGAGCUGCUCGCGAGAAGGUGUUUGGUAGACAGUGACAAGUUUUCGCGAUCGCGACGGGACUCCAGGGUUCCCCAAUCCGCAGCCGUGGACACGAGAGCAACCGUCAACCUGGAGCCCACGUGCCAAAAACGACGGAAAUGUGAGGCCGAUGGGAAGGAGGCGAAGGCUGAGUUGACGGCGCAACGCAAUAUGUUCCCUAGCGCUCAAAUUAAAAUGAGAUUGCUGUCGCCAAGCAGUUCGCCGGCCACCUCGCCCACAAUGUCGAAUUCCUCGUCGCCAACACCACCGACACCGGCGGCCCCGACUUACAACCAGAAGAUGACCGGUAUUCCUUGUGUGGCGGCCGCUUCGAGGUACACCGCACCGGUCCACAUCGACGUCGGUGGCACGAUAUACACAUCCUCCCUCGAGACUUUAACAAAAUAUCCGGAAUCUAGGCUAGCGAAAUUGUUUAAUGGCAGCAUCCCCAUCGUCCUGGAUUCGCUAAAACAACAUUACUUUAUCGAUAGAGACGGCGGCAUGUUCCGGCACAUACUCAAUUUUAUGCGAAAUUCCCGGCUACUGAUACCCGACAACUUUGCCGAUCUCGAUUUACUAUUAGAAGAAGCACGAUACUUUGAUAUUGCCCCGAUGUGCAGGCAACUGGAACAGAUGAAGAAAGAGCGCAUAAAAAACGGCUCGACAACAAUGAUGACAGUGUCAUCGCCGAGUCCGCCACUCUCCGGUCAACUCGGCUCCGGUCGUGGCACCACAGCCUGCACCACCGGGCCUUGCAAUCGCGAUUCCGAGAAGAUGCGCGGUAACGACGGCAAUUGCAGCUACGAGUGCGUGGCGUUACACGUGAGCCCGGAUCUGGGCGAGCGGGUGAUGCUUUCGGGCGGACGAGCCCUCCUGGACGAGGUGUUCCCGGAGACGACGCAGGCGGUGAUCGACGCGCGAUCCGGCGUCGCCUGGCACCAGCAGGACGCCCGUCACGUAAUCAGGUUUCCGCUGAACGGUUAUUGCAAGCUUAACUCGGUCCAGGCGAUCACCAGACUGCUGAACGCCGGCUUCCGGGUGGUCGCGAGCAACGGCGGCGGCGUCGAGGGCCAGCAAUUCUCCGAGUACCUGUUCGUCAGGCAAUCCGUCAACACUUGACGGAGCACGGCGCAUCAGCGCAAAACGAUCUCCAGAUCGAUCCGUUGUCUGCAGCGCGACUACGAUCCGGAGUGAGUGCAACUGUCCAGGAGAGUCUCUCAAGACUGCAUCGCGGAUAAUAUGGUUAUUCUGACAAAUUACACGGGGGGCAUCUCUUCGACAGAAGGCUGACAGUCGCAACCGCAGUUUGAUGCCAAAAUACGG